UCUGCAAUGCGCUUCUUCUGACGUGAGACGAAAUUGGUAUUCUGCGCAUUAGAAAAGGAUUCUUGAAGAGUCAUGAGUCAUGGCCUGUGGGUCACUUUCAAGAAGCAUCUUCAGCUCGUAAGCUUUAAUCAGCAGGGCUCGGAGAAAUGAUUGUACCGCGAGGAUUCCAAGCUGUUGGAGAGAGAGACACAAUGCGCGGGCGACACACGCAAGGCAGCGGAAAGAGUGGACUCUGUUUUUCGGGGGUGUUGCCAAUGCGAGCACAUUGAUGUCACCAUCCAUGGCAGGGAAUGUCCGGCUCGGGCAUUCGGACGCUGGAGUCCUAACCGCAUUUCCCACACCGGGCAGACGUGUGCGCCAAGCAAGAGAUGAAAAUUCACUUGCUCGAGAUGAAAAUUCACCGUGAACCAACAGGCUAAAGUUCUGGAAGAUUGUGACGCACGAUCUGUUCAACAUUUUCGUCAGCAUCAAUCGACCUGCACAAAGAGAACUUUGCUCGGAGGAUAAACCGGUUUCGAGGAAAGUGAGCGGCGUGAAGUCAAAGGUUUGGGAGGCAGAAGACAGGCAUCCAUCCGAGAUUGUCCAGAAAUCAUGCCUUUCAGUGUUGCCGCUUCCAUUUCUACAGCAGCCAACUAUGUAUGGAGAAACUUAAGUCUGAUCACAUGUUUGGGCUUGAGACAUGGAAGUCAGGGCAUAUUCCGGACGCUCGGAACUUGAGCAGUCAUCGCAGUCUACAGUGCAGUACGGCGAAUUAAUUUCAGUGUUCUUGAGAGGAUGAUGAAUAUACAAAACUUUCCUGUGACAGCCUC